UGGAGGCCGCUGCACCCGCCACCUGUGCCGUUCGUCCUCACCGCUGCCUGCUGCGCCGUCGUGGAAGAAAGAUGUGACGGAGAGAGAGAGGGUCCGCAGAGGGUCGCCCCGUUCGCACCGUCAGCUUCGCGCAGAGCAACCAUGGCCGUCGAGGGUCCAUCCACGCCAUUGCUGAAGCUUGAACGCUACUGCAACCACCGCGUGUCAUCGUCUUUAGAUCCGCCGUCAUUGGAGCGGAGCUCGGCCGUCCUCACUGCGGGAGUUUGCCGCCGGAAGAGGGGAGGUGACGGUGGUGAAAGUUGCCGCCACUGUUCUGCCCUGCUCACUGAAUGGUGUCGAAAAAUCGCGGCUGCAGCCGCUAAAGGACACCCUUGUAGUUGCCAAACCCCAUCCCACUCCAAUUUGGGUUCCAGCUCUGGUUCGUUUAUGCCAGGUUUUGUUCUCUCGAGUGUCGGAGCUGCCAUCUUCUUGGUUGCUGCUGAACUACCGGAGCUUUUGGCUGCUGUCAGAGCUGCUGGUCGUUCUAUUCUGUUUAUCGUGAUAUGUGGUUGUUGCCGUGAUCUUUGCAGUUCCUUGGGAAUUUCUGCGAUUGUUUCCGAUUAA